GGCGCCGCUAUAAGGGCCCUAGCGCCCGCCCCCCCGGAUUUCCUUGGUCUCCGGAGGUGUCCAGACGCUGCCUGGAGGCUCCGUGGGGGAAGGUCGGCUCCGGAAGCGCCUCAGCCUGGGUGCUGCCUAUCUUCACCCCUUUUGAGGACAAUUCCAAAGGACUCAGGAAGGCGUCCUGUCGCCGCCAUCUCUUCUCCUGGGGAGCCACCCAAACGCUGCGAUGAAGUCGGGCAGCGUGCAGCCCGCAGAUGAAGAGGAGCAGACCCGAGACCAGGGAACAGCUGCAGCAGGCCACUUGGAGCUCGGCGUCUCCCCGGUGUGAGUGUCUCUGGAAGGAAGCAGCGGGACCAGAAACGAAGACCAGCUGCACGUGGCGGCGCUUCACAAUUGAGGACUUUGAAAUCGGGCGUCCUCUGGGCAAGGGAAAAUUUGGGAACGUGUACCUGGCUCGACUCAAGGAAAGCCAUUUCCUUGUGGCCCUGAAAGUCAUCUUCAAGUCGCAGAUAGAAAAGGAAGGGCUGGAGCACCAGCUGCGCAGGGAAAUUGAGAUCCAGGCGCAUCUACAGCACCCCAAUAUCUUGCGCCUAUACAACUACUUCCAUGAUGCUUCCCGGGUGUACCUGAUUCUGGAAUAUGCUCCAAGGGGUGAGCUCUACAAGGAGCUGCAAAAGAGCAGCACUUUGGAUGAGCAGCACACAGCCACGAUAAUGGAGGAGCUCGCGGAUGCUCUGACUUACUGCCACGAGAAGAAGGUGAUUCACAGGGAUAUCAAGCCAGAGAAUCUGCUGCUGGGGCUCAGGGGUGAGGUGAAGAUUGCAGACUUUGGCUGGUCUGUGCACACCCCAUCUCUGAGGAGAAAGACCACGUGCGGGACUCUGGACUACUUGCCCCCAGAAAUGAUAGAAAGGAAAACAUACAAUGAGAAGGUUGAUCUGUGGUGCAUUGGAGUGCUCUGCUAUGAGCUGCUGGUGGGAAGUCCACCCUUUGAGAGCCCUUCCUAUAGUGAGACCUACAGACGCAUCCUUAAGAAACUUUCCCAUGAGAGCAUCCCAAGAUGACGUCCCUCCGGGUCCUCAGGGAUGGUGGUGACUCAACCUCUCACCGUCAGACCUAGUUACUGUUUUCGUUCAGAUAACCGCCGUCUUUAUACUGCCAUCCAGCAUGUUACCAUCUCUGAGAUAACACGUCUCACUGCGCGUCAACUGCAGAUGAAUCCGCAGAUGCAUUCGCCAGCACCUCUGUGUUGUGUCAUGUUCUGACUGCAUCAGAUAGAUCACCCUAAUAAUGUAAGAUCACUUCUGAAAUCACAUCCUCCACAGGCAGCAGUUUAGAGAGCGCUCUUCCAACCUCCCCGGAUGCUUCUGUCCCGCUUUCAGGUGUCGCCCACUCCCUCCAUUCACGAUAAGCUGACUGCACCAGAAUAAACAUCUAGACACAGUUGGGAGCUCAGA